AUCCAUAAUGAGUGUGAAUGCGGAUUCGAUGAGUCGCUCGAGAACGACGGAGCUCAUAGUAAACACGUGAGCCCUCGUGCCGCCUCCAGUGAUACCUGCUGGUCGUCAAACACCUACGAAUUUUUUCAUCAAAAAGUCAGCAUAGGCCUUACUGAUGGUUAUGAAGCCCAAGGACAAGAUGAAGAAAAAUACAAGGACCUUGAUGCACAAGAAUAAAAAAGCUGGAAAGAAAAGAAAAAAUCUUUCAGAGAUGAGUGUUGAUGACAUGUUUUCAAUGAUUCAAGAGGAUGAUGAGAAUGGCUUGAUGGAUGAUGAUUCACCAGAAAGGACUGGAAAAAAUAAAAUGAAAGGGGUUAAUUCCAAAAAGGUUAAAAAGAACCAAGAAAGUAAAAAAGAUGUUGAUGAUGAAAUGGAUUUUGAUGAGGGCGAAGAUCUUUCUGGUGUUGGCAACAUGACACGCAAAGAAUAUUUAGAAAAACUGAAGAAGAAUGAUCCAGAGUUUUAUGCUGCAAUGAUGCAGUCAGCUGAUGUUAUGGGUCUUCAAAGCACAGAUGAAGAGGAUGAAAAUGAUGAUGAGGAAGAUCCUGAGAAAGGUGGUUCAGUAUUUCAGCCUCCAGCAAAAUUAGAGAUUGAUAGCGAUGAGUCUGAUGCUGAAGAAGAUGGACUUGAGAAACGAGGUAGUAAUAUUGUGACGGCUUCUAUGGUUACUCAGUGGGAGAAAGAUUUGAAAGGAAACAGUCCUUUGAAUACAUUCUUGGAGGUGGAGCAAGCAUUUUUGGCUGCUAUUGAGAGCCUUGGAAGCAGAGAAAAAGAUGCUGAAACAACUAGCAAGUAUAAAGUUGAGGGACCUCAAAUUUUCAAUGCCAUAAUACGGCUAUGUUUGCGUAAUGUCGCUCCAGCCCUAGCAGCCAUUCUCAAUCUCAAGUCUCCUAGUGAUGACCCAACUAAAAGUAAGAGGUGGAGGAAGAUGAGAAACUACAUCAAGUCUUAUCUUCGUCAUCUUGUCACGUUGACCGAGUCCGUUGCGGAAUCUAGCAUAGCAGAAAUCAUUCUAAGUCGAGGCAUUUUACCUCUCCUUGGUUACUACUCGGGACACCCAAGCACGUGUAAAUUUCUCCUUCGUAGACUUAUUGUGUUGUGGUCUACCAGUGAGAAGAGAGUUAGAGUUUUAGCUUUCAUUUGCAUAUACAGACUCACACGAACUCUCUCUCCACAAUUCUUGGAGUGGGUGUUAAAGAGGCUUUACCUUUCAUAUGUACAAAACUCCAGAUUUACAUCCCCCUCCACCUGGGGUCUAAUAGACUUCAUGCGCAUAUCACUAGUGGAGUUGUAUUCUUUGGACCAGGUGCUUGCCUACAAACAUGCCUUUGUGUACAUCCGUCAGAUGGCAUUCCAUUUGCGAAAUGCCAUCACAAUUAAAAAGAAGGAGCGGGUACAGCUUGUAUACAACUGGCAGUAUAUCCAUUGUUUACACCUGUGGGCUGAUCUUCUGGCCAAGACUCACCCUAGUCCUGCUCUCCAGCCAAUCAUAUACCCUCUUACACAGGUUGCUAUAGGAACAAUGAAACUUCAACCCACACCCUCAUUUUAUCCACUGGUAUUCCAAGUCUGUGGAAUCUUGACAGAACUCUCACGGAAAACUGGUACCUUUAUUCCAGUUCUUCCCUUCUUACUUGAGAUUCUGAAUAAAGCUCAACUGGAAAAGAAACACAAAAAAGCUUCUAUAAAACCCUUUGAUUGGUUGUGCAUGCUGAGGCUUUCACGGGCAGAAAUGUCAGAGUCGGCCUUCAAAGACGGAGUUGUUGACCAAGUUUAUGAUGGUAUAAUUAAUUAUUUAAGUGCAGAAAGUGCAUCCAUUGGUUUCCCAGAACUGGUUGUGCCUACCACUCUUCAGCUCAAGUCAUUUUUAAAGAAAUGCAAAGUACCAAACUACACCAAAAAAAUUAAGCAGCUUCUGGAAAAAAUAAAAGAAAAUCAAAAUUUUAUUGAAUUAAAAAGAAAGGACAUCACUUUUGGAAUUGGAGACACAAAGCUUGUAAAAGAUUGGGAGAUUUCAGUUAAACAGGCAGGUACUCCUCUUGCUACUUAUCAUGCCAGUUGGCAAAAAGUACGUGAAAAGGAACAAUUAAGACGUAUUUCUAACCGUGUCGAGAUGGAUGAUUACAAUCUUCCUGUGGUAAAGAAACGUGAACUACUUGAGAAGCAAAAAGCCAAAGAUAAUGAUGAUUUCAAGGAACUUUUUGCAUCAGAUGAAGAUGACGAUGAUAUGGACGAUGACACAAGAUUCCUGAUGAAGAGUGAACGAGCUAAACGCAAAACCAAGGAAAACAAACAUUCUGAUUUAGAAAGUGAGUCUCCUAAUGACAGUAUGGAUGAAGAGGAAGGAGAAGAAUUGGAUGAACCGGCACUUAAGAAAAAAAAGAAAGAACAAAACCAAGAAGUAGAUAAUAUUAGUGUUGCUAGUGACGAUCACAGUGAUGAUAAGGUGAAGGUAAUGAACCUAUCCGACUUCGAAUCGGAUGAAGAAGUUGAUGAUUUUGGAGAAAUCAGUGAAGACAAUGAGUAAACAUUUUUACAGUUACAAAUUACUUGUUAAAUUUAUAAGGUGGUGACAUUUUCCUGAAGACUUUCAGUAGCUUCCAAACAUACUAUAACAUAGAUCCAGUUAAGCUUUAAGAAACAUGCCAGACCAUUGGGCAGACCGAGACAUCCAGGGCUAGCUAUGUCAAUUUGGUCAUCAUCUGUGUCUGCUCUGGGACAUGAUUUAAUCCAUGGCCUUCCUGCCCUCCCUCAUUGCUUGUCCAUGCCUGGCUGUUCGGUUUCUAGGUGGCCGUAGAUGAGGGUUCAUCAAGCCUUAUUUUGACAAGCCCUGUAUACAUCAACCUAAAACAUCAUUAGAACUCUACACAGCUGUACCUCCGAAAGUAGCUACAGUAGAGGAUGGGGAAAGUUGUGUGCCUCCCUUUUUCUACAAACUAAAACUUAUUUCAUAUUACAUACAGAUGUACACAAAUUUUGCAACUUCCCUAAUAUUUACUGCCCAUUGAAACUUUGACCUUACUUUCCAUUCAGUGCUUUGAGAGCUUCACAACACAGUAACCAUUCUCAAGGUAAUUUUUACCAUUACAUUAAUAUUUUAAUUUGUGAAAUGUCUACAGUAAUAAUUUUUGAAGCAUACUAGGUGACAAUUUGUUUUCAAUAUGAGCAGUAUAUUUUCAUCUGUGCCAAUACACUACUUAAAGCCACUUCCUACCCAUUAUGAGAGUAGAAGGAAGGACACAGGGAUACAUCACAUUUAAGUGUAUGCAGUUUAUUUACAAAACAACCUCAACCUUUUAUCUCCAAUUAAGAUCCAGGAUUCAGCAAAAUUAUAAUGUUAUAAGACAAAAUAACACAUAUUAAACAUUUUGUACAAAUAAAUGAAGUUUAGUCAA